UACCGGCUGAAUCGCUGCUAGCCCUAGCUAAGCGAUGUUUGUAUAAAAUGAGCCGCACCCGAGGAUCAUGACUUCAGUCACCUCACGAAUCGUCCAGAAGCUCGGUCGCGCACGUGGCGGAGAGUCCUAGCAGAGUGUGCUAAGCUGCCCCCGAAACCCGCUUGUGUUUGUCGGCAAAAAGUUGCAAUUUCCCUCCCGAAGCCGUCGUCGCUGAAAGUGAAAGUUAUUUAUCAAUCGUUUUUGUUUAGUAAUUGUGUACUGAACGCUUCUUGCUGUGCAGCUUCCAGAGUGUUGGCAGUUGGUGUUUUCCGAAAGAAUCGUCUCGCAUCGAGUCCCGUCCACAACAGCGUCGUUGGAUUGAAGCAUGAAGUCACUGUUCGUUGUGCUGCUGGCACUAAACUGCCUGUACCUGUAUGCCACCGAGGCGACCGACGUGAACGCGUGUCCUUCCACCAAGAGCUUAGUUUCUGUCGCGGACAACACGAUCGACAUCAGCAACUGCACCAAGCCACCCUGCAAGCUGAAACGCAAAACCAAGGUUUCAAUUAAUCAAAAAUUUACACCGACUGAGGACAUCAAAACCCUAACCACGACGGUGUACGCCCAGGUCCUGUCGCUGCCGCUGCCAUUUGUCGGCGUGGACGGAACGGGUGCAUGCGACUUCAUCUACGCCGAGGACGGCGAAACCAAGUCCGGCUGUCCGCUGAAGGCUGGCGUCCCGGUUGUGUACAAGCGCGAGUUCCCGGUGCUGGAGAUCUAUCCGAAGAUGAGCCUGGUGGUGCACUGGGAACUGCAGGGUCGUGGUUCCAAAUCGAUUACCUGUUUCGAGGUGCCCGCGAAAAUCGUGUAGUGUCGCGAUAAAAUAAAGCAGUGAAUAGCUAGGAGUAAGUGCGCAGUGCUGAGCCGGCAAGCUGUAUUUUUUAUGGGUAUUAGAAGCUAAGCGAAUAAAAAUGGUGUGUUUGACAUAA